AUGCCCACGGUAAACGUGGGCGCAAAGCCCGUCGACGGCCCGAAGGUCGAGCCGGGCACAACGAUUGCCGCAAAGGUCCACGGCGGACUCAAGCACCUAGUCUACGCUCCAGAGUCCUUCGGAACGGGAGACCCCCUCCCGCUGCUCGUCUUCCUGCACGGCGCUGGCGAGUCAGGGUCGGACCCGUGGGACGUCCGCAUCCAGGGCGUGGCCAAGCUCGCGAUCCCCGAAACGGACCCUGGCCCCACCGCGCGCCUGCCGAGCGCCCCGACGGAGCUGGUGCGGCGCUCGUUCGUCGUCCUGAGUCCACAGAACCCCGGCAGCUCGUCCUGGACGUCCGACGCGACGCAACAGGCGCUGACGGCGACCGUGAAGGCGUACGCGGCUCUCCCGGGCGUCGACGAGCGCAGGGUGUACCUCACAGGUAUCAGCAUGGGAGGGUUUGGCACGUUCUUUCAGGUGUCGAGGGCGCCCGAGCUGUACGCGGCGGCGGUGCCUGUGUGUGGCGGCGGGCGGGCGGGCAUGGGCGCGGCGAUCGCGACGGCGGGGGUGCCGCUGUGGGCGUGGCACGGAGCGAACGACGCCGUCGUGCCGGUGUCGGGGAGCGACGCGAUGAUUGCGGAGGCGAAGAAGGCGUCAGCUGAUCCAGAGUCGCUGGUGCGGUACACGCGCGUGCCGCAGUCGCCCGCGCGCGACCCCACGUGGCCGACGGUCGGGAUCCCGGACAUGCCCGGGCACGCGUCGUGGGUCGACGCGUACGAGUCUGACUCACACGGAGGCGGCGCGGCGCUCUUCACGUGGAUGCUCGCGCAGGCCAAGCCGGCGGAGUGA